AUGUCAAAUCUAAAAAUGAAAGAGGCAGCACUUAUCUAUCUUGACAGAAGUGGAGGGCUCCAAAAGUUUAUAGAUGAUUGCAAGUCCUACAAUGAUUCCAAACAAAGUUAUGCUGUCUAUCGAUUCAAUAUUUUAAUAAAUCCCUCUGAUGUUGUUGAAUUAGAUGCUGAACUUGGAAAUCACAUUUUACAUCAGCCUUUAAAAGCUGCUCAAGUUUUUCAAUCAGUCUGUUUUAUUGCUGUUAAGACUCUCUCAUUAAUUGGACAAUUACAGACUGAAACUCAAAUUAAUAUAGUGCUGAAGUUAACACAUUUACCUCCUCUGCCAAGUUAUAGUCUUAAUUUUUGUGAGUUUCCAUUUGAUUAUACAUCUCAAAGAUUUUAUAUGAUGCAAGGAAUUGUGAUUGCAAUGACAACUGUAACCAAGUAUACACAAGGUGCAAGAUUUCUUUGUUCAGAUGAAGCAUGCCUUCUUUCAAAAGGAUUUCAGUAUAUAAGGGUGCAUGUGCCUGGUGCUACAGAAUCUGCAACAGUAAGAAAUGACUUUUUGUGUAAUCUGUGUUCAUCUCCACUUCAGGAAGACAGAAAAUUUAGAGUACUUGGUGAUAAACAGAUAGUUGAAAUAAUUACUACAAAGGCACUUCAUGCUUUUCAAGGAUAUUCUAACAACCAGCCAUUUAGGUUUCAAUCUCUUACAAUUUUUCUAAGAGAUGAAUCAGUGAAUAAAAUGAAUAUAGGAAAUGAGUAUAAAAUUAUCGGAAUUCCAACCUGUGUAAAAACUUUACAAACUUCUGUCUGUAUAGAGGCAAACAGCAUCACUUUUUGCAGUCCAAAAGUUCCUUCAGGAAUUAGCGACAAUUUCAGGUGUCUCCUCUCUUUGACUGCCAGCUCAUGCUGGAAGUUUACAGCAAUACUUACCAGUGCCUUUGCGUCACACAUUGUUCCUCCUGGGACUUACAAUUUGCUCAAGCUCUGUUUGCUGAUGAGUCUAGUACAGACAAGGGACUUUAACAAGGAAGUGGAAGAUUGCCUGGAUAUUUUAAUUGUAACAAGUGAUUCUCUACUUGUAGACAGGCUUUUGAAUUUUAGUAUAAACCUUGUGCCCCGUGGUAUACGUCAUCCAGUCUCUACUGAAAUUUUUCCUACUCUGUCCAGGAAUAAUUAUGGAACUGGAGCGGUUAGCAUUCAAGCUGGCAGUGCUUUGCUGGCUAAAGGUGGUAUCUGCUUUAUAGGAGACUUGGCUUCACACAAAAAAGAUAAACUUGAACAACUUCAAUCAGUUAUGGAAAGCAGAAACAUCACAGUAUAUAUCCCUGGAAAGAAGUCUGGGGAUGAUAUCGAUCAACAAAUGACUUUUCCAAUUCAGUGCAGUUUCUGGUCUUUCAUUGAUAUGGAUUCAUCAUCAAGGAAAAAUAUGCAGAAAACCAACACUCUAAUUGGUCAGAUGGAUUGCAGUUUAAUUCCAGCUAAUCUUGUAGAGGCAUUUGGAUUAUUGAUUAACUGUAAUGAAUCAUCUCCUUGCCACCCAUUUCUUCCUACUGUGCAACAUACUUUAAAGAAAGCCAUUGAUCCUGAAGGGCUGCUUUAUUUAGCUUCUAAACAGUUUACAACAGAAGAUUUUGAAAAGCUGCUGGCGUUUGCAAAGAAUUUGAAUGUAGAAUUCAACUUGGAGGCAGAAAGAAUGAUUCAUGGCUAUUAUCUAGCAAGUCGCAGAAUCAGAACUGAUUCUAUAUGUGGAUCAAAACUGUCAGCAUCUGCAUUAAAAUAUUUAGUUUCCCUAUCUGAAGCCCAUGCUCGACUAAAUUUAAGAAAUAAAGUGCUUAAAGAAGAUGUACUAAUUGCAGCCUUAUUAUUUGAAACAUCUCUCACAUUGAAAUAUGGGGCCACUGUAUUUUGUGUUGCUCCAAAUGCAGUAUUUCCAUUUGAAAUAUAUAAUGAAGAAUAUUUAGAACAAAGGGACAUCUAUCUGGCUCAGUGCCAACAACAGCUCCUACAGUUUAUUACCACAUAUGGACCUGGGACAGCUUUUUUUGCUAGUGAUGAAUAGACAAUCCGAGAAAAAUUUUCAUUUCUACUUCAGCCAUGGAAACAAUAUGAUUUUGAAGUAAUGCUUCAGCUAAUACUGUAUAUAGGAGUAUAUUUCCUAGUCAUUUGACAAUAUUCAAUAUCCACAGGUACCAGUUUUCAGAAAGUAGUUGCUUUAAAAAGUAUACAAACUCUGUAUGUAAGACCUUACUUUGUGAAUGAUAACAUUGGCGGGGCAAUGGUUUUCAAAUGUUACCUGUGAUGCAGUGAUUAAGAUGUUGCAGAAGACAUUUUUUGCCUUUCCAUAUUGAAAUUAUAUCCCCAAUUAAAACAAAUUAUUAUGGGACUCAGCAGGGGGAAAAUGAGAUUUAGUUAAAUCUUUACCCAGGUAGAAUUCAGUUCAGUUUUAGAACUUUUGUAAAUUCUUAAGUCCUGGACGGGCUGGACUAUCCAGUCAUUAUUUUCCUUACCAUAGUAAUUACUUGUACUAGGACCAUAUUACUUUUUUGUUCACAAGGGCAAAAGCAAAUUAACAAAAUUUGUAGGUCACAGAUGAAACCUGCAGUUGUCCCCCGCCUUUCCCAUGGGUCAUACUUCAAAACUCCCAAGUGGAUACCGGAAAGCAUGAAUAGUAGCAUACUUUUUUCCUAUACAUAUAUACCUUUGAUAAAGCUUCAUUUAUAAACUAGGCACAGUAAGACAUUUAAUAAAAUUAAUAAGCUAUAAGGGUUUCUGAACAAGUACUCAUGCCAUAAGACAGCUACUAAGUAACAGGCAGGCAAUGUAUAAUGUGGGUACACUGGAUAAAAGAAUGAUUCACUGAGAAUCAUGUGCAACUUAAAACUUAGGAAUUAUUUCUGGAUUUUUUCCAUUUAUUUUUGGACUGCGGGUAACUGAAACCAUGAAUAAAUGAGGACUACUGUACUGUGUUUCAGGUACAGCAGGUUCUGAAGGGAGGCCCACAGAGUUACCUAGUAUGCAGUAAUUAGGGCCUAUCCAGAAAUCCCCUAAGGCAAGAAAGGGUUUAAGAACUAGAUGGAAGU